AUGGAAGCUUGCGCGCGCCAAGCUCCUGCUCAAGAGCUUUGCCUUGUCGCGCUUCGGGAGGUCCAGUGUUCCCGUGUCGCCCCGGAUGACAAGGUCGCCCUGACCAUUCCUGCGCCGCGCAUCGCCGGCGUGUUUGGAAUCGAGGAUAUCUUUCACGCAAUCAACCGUGAGCCCCAAACGGCUACCUGGAACCAGGCGGUCAACUUGCUCUGCAACUUUGUCUGCGUUCGCAAUCACGGCAUCCGCUUCACGUGCACCAAGCGUGACCUCGCUAUCAAAAGGACGUUCAUUUAUGACUACUUUGCCGGCUUGGGUCUUCUUCCGAUCGUCGCUCCAAACAAUCAAGCGGGUCAACCCAUGUCAAGGGACCGCACGGUGUUGGACCCGAAGCACGAUGUCCCUUCGGCUCUUAUGCUUCCUAAUGGCCAGCCGUUGCGGCAAAUCGUCUUCCUCGGCUUUGUCGCUCCGGUCUACGUUCAGCACAAGAAGCGCUCCUUCAACAAGGUUGUGCCGCCUUCCAUUGUCGCCCGGCAAGCGGCGAGAACGGCAUCUGAUUCUUUUUUUGCCUCAGCGGCAGGUGAGGCUGCCCCGACGCCUCGUGCAGGCCGUCGUGGCCCCUCUCCAUCUCUUGUCGUCUCUUCUUCUUCUCUCGUCCGCGAUGGCACAGCGAUUCUCGAACGGCCCGCUGCCUUCGCUUCAGUGCAGAAGUGUGGACAGGUCACUCGCCUAGUCCUUUGCCCGUCGUUGAACUCCCCUCUUGCGGCCACGGAGGUUGCCGUGACCUCUUCUGCGGCGACUGGCGGCCGCUUAGUAAUUGGCUUCCCUGUGACGCCUAAGUCAUUCAAACUUGCUUUUAGCGACCAUGACUUGGAAGAUCCGACCGCAGGUGAUGCUGAUUGCGUGGCGUACGAGGACACUCAGGUGGUCGCCUGUGUAGCCGAGCAUAUGUAG